AUGACAGUCGAAGUCCGUCACUCCCCACCUCCCUUGCACCAGCCGGGUUCCGGUAAUAUUAGGCCGAAGGGAAUAUUGAAGAAUCCAUCCUUUUCAUCUUCCAGCGGCCAUCCGGGCUCACCCUCAAAAGAGGAAUUCCACCUACCUCCGCAUAUGCCCCUCGACCCAAAGGAAGAGAGAGAACUUGUACUUCAGAACACCCUUCAAAAUGCCGGUCCUCGCCGCUCGUCGUCUGCCGCUAGACGGGCAUCCGCGUCGCGCCGUCACUCGGCCGCGUUGGCCGCAAACCAUGAAGACGACCCGGAAAAAAUGCGUCUAAAGUGGGACGAAGCAAACCUCUAUCUGGCUGAGCAGGAAUCAGGCGGACGCAUGAAGAUCACCGAACCAAAGACACCCUAUCAAUAUGGAGACGCCAUGAUGGAAGACGAUGAUGAGGAAGAUGUGGCUAUCGACCCUCGCUUUGUCAACGUCGAUGAAGUCGAAAUGGCGAAGGCUCCGAAGCCGAACAAAAAACAUCGAGAAAGCGAGAUCCCUGGUCUGGAGCUCGGCGAGCCUGAAGAGGAACUGUCUCCGCGAUCCACAGCAGCGCUAGAGGAAGAAAGAAUUGUCAGGGGUUCGAACAAUCUUUCGAGGGAAUCAAGUAAAGAAAAGCAUGUUAGUGUCAGUGAUGGGAGUGAUGCAGAUGGACUGCAGGAACAAGUCGGCAUGCCCACUCGUGAGGAGCAGGAGAAACACCGCCAAUUUGAAGAGAGGAGAAAGAAGCAUUAUGAGAUGAAGGACAUCAAGAAUCUACUUGGACACCCCGAAGAGUUGGAUAUGGAAGAUGAGGAACCGCCCGUUCCAGCUGCGAUGCCAAAAGAUCUACCAGAGCGAUCGGUUAAUGGCACCCGCUAG